AUGUGGCUUCAAGUCUCUUUUGUUGAUGAAGAUGGGGAGGAUAUGGAGGGUGCAGGAGCAGACAAGAGACGUGCACAGAGGGAGAUUGGGAGAUACAGGGCCUUAGAUGCUGCUGAUGGUCAGGAUGAGGUUUUGCAGCACUCAUCAGAUGGAGAGGAGGUUGUUAUGAGUGUUGUAGAUGGUGAGAGCGUGUUAGGAAAUACUGAUGCUUCACAUUCGAGACAACAGAGAAGUGACAGUGAACAAGUGAGUGGUAUACCUGCUGGAAAAUAUGCAGUUAAGCAGACAAACGGUUGUGUCUCAUCGUCAGAAAAGUCAAAUCAUGUAGCAAUAAAAGUUAAAAACUCUGAAUAUACUAGUCCCAAAAUAGAUGAUUCUUUGUAUGCUCAAAGGAGCACCGCUGUUGAAAAAGAACCUUUGAAGAGAAGAGAAAGGCUCGAAAGAGGCAGAGAUUUUUCAAAUGACACAGAGUUCGAAUUCAGUGGAAACAUUCAUUUCAGGCAGUUCAAAAGAAGCAGCAGUUCGUCACAAGGAACUGGUUCAGACAAGAGUCAAUCUUGUUCUGGAAAUGUUGACAAGUCAGAGAAAAAAGAAGGCAGCAUGUCAGAUUCUACCUUAUUGGGAAUUGCUUCACGAUAUAAACUGACUAGAAAGACAGGACAGCCAAGAUCCGAAACCCAUAAUGAAAUGGAUGACCUUGAAAGUGAGGAUGAAUGUGACCGUAAUGAUAAUCAUGAUCUGAGGACAGUAGCCCCUGAUCCAGAUCAUCAUCAAUUAACUGAUGAUGACUACAAAGAUGCUAUGGAGCAAACCAUUGGCCAAAAUUCAAGUCCCUGUGCCCAGCCUCUGUCCCACCCUGACAACAAGCCGGUUGGACAGAGGGAGAAAUCUGAUCAGUGUACAUCCAACAGGCAGAUGUCACAAAACCCAGCACCUACAUCUCAAGAAGCAGUACCCGCCCCUGCUAGAGCAGAAGACAUGUUCAAUGUGUCACUGUGUGGCUAUGAAGCUUCAGUGCCAGAUGACAGCUUAGUGAUACGGCAGCCAUCAAGGAGACGACGGAAAAAAUCUCUGGCAAAACGGAAACUAGAAUUUGCUAAAAACAAAAGGAUGUCAUUCCAGGAUGUCGUAUCAAAUACUGAGGACAAUUGUCAAAAAGAACCAAAGCUAAGGAAUAAGACCAAUAUAAGGGGAACAAAACGUCAUGUCAGGAAGACUGUGAGGGGAGCCAAACCUAUAGAUACUGAAAAAGAUGAUCAUAUAAGUCCUUGCAGGAAAGGUUGCGGAAAGCUGAAUACUUCACAUGUUGGCGGAUCAACAAAGAAUCCUAAAAGCACUUUGUCAAGUCUUAAGACAAAAUCUUUGAACAAAAGAGCUUCUAUGCAGGUAAAGGGGAAGCGGAAAACAAUUCAGGAUCAGUUGCCAGAAGAAAUGCAACAAGGAUGUCAUGGAGAGAAGAGGACGAGGAAUGGGGAGAAGAAAUCAACUAGACGGUAUAGGCACAAGUCAGAUACCACCCAGAGUAGCAUGUCAAAUGUCUCCAAUCAUUCUGAUUCAGGUGAUUCACAUGACAGUGAUGUAUCAAAGGUAUGUGUCAACAAACGCCGAAGAACUGAUCUUGUCAGAUCCAAUAAUCGAUCUCGGGCAGAAUUGGGAGAGUUAUCCCCCCUUGCCAGCAAAGGUGUUGCUGGAGCAGACUAUGGGCGGCCUGCUUUGAAUAGCCAUCAAAAGACAGCAUGGAAACAAAUUGAACUUCUGAAGGAUAGUGUGAAAAGGUUUUCCAGAUUGGCAGAAAGGUCGAGGAAAACUAAAAACAGUUCUUCCAGACACACAGGGCUUGAUGACAGUAUUAUCUUCUUGGAGGACCCAGGUUUUGUGCAAUCGUCACCACAUGUAGUGGGUCACAAAAUGGUUGUCAAAGGGGUCAGUUCACCUUCUUCCACUCCAGGGAGGAGGAAAAAGAUUCAGGAUGCAGAUGAGGAUGAAAUAUUGUUCCUGACAGCCUAACAAGACAACAUCCUGUCAAGAAGAGGAAUGAUAUGUUCAAUCCUAUCUCAACACACUGUAUGACAGAAGCAUAGGGCUAGCUGGAAUCACAGUGUGUGAAGCCCGUACUUCACCCCACCCAUAUAGACCCGUGAAGAUCCGGGUUAGAAUUGGUCUUGAGUAAACCAUGCUUGUCGUAAGAGGCGACUAACGGAAUCGGGU